AUGAGGGUCGCUGAAGGAUCAUAUGCUAUUGUUAGGGCAUAUGGCGAGGCACUUAAGCUUGCAAAUCCAGGUACGAUAUUUGAGGUUGAAGUGGAGGACAGACAAUACUUUAAGUACAUCUUCAUGGCACUUGGUCAAUGUAUCAGGGGUUUUUUGAACUACAUCUACCCAGUAAUCGUUGUUGAUGGGACCCAUUUGUAUGAGAAAUACAAAGAUACGUUGUUAAUAGCAACGUGUAUCGAUGGCAAUAACAACAUAUAUCCUAUCGCCUUCAGUACUGUAGAUGGUGACAACGAUACAUCAUGGACUUGGUUCAUGAUUCAUUUGAAGGAUUCAAUGGGAGACAUUCCAAAUUUAGUGAUUAUAUCAGAUUGUCAUAUCUCAAUUGCAAAAGUUGUUACAUGUAUGUUCCUUGAUGCAUUUCAUGCUUUAUGUAUGUACCAUGUUCGAAACAAUUUGGUUGACAAAUUCAAGAAUAAAGACAUAAUCUCAUACUUCUACCUAGCAAUGAAAGUUUAUAGAAUGUCUGAGUUUCAGAUGUAUUGGGCUAAGCUCCAUCAAUAUACUGAUGUGACGACCUAUCUUGAGGAGGUUGGAUUACAAAGGUGGGCAAGGGUUUAUCAAGUUCAUUACAGGUAUGAUAAGAUGACGAAAAAUAUAGUAGAAUGCCUCAAUGAAGUGUUGAAAGUGAAGGAACUCUAA